GAAAUCUGAUCAAAAUAUUUGGAUCUAGGCCAAGAUGGAAAGAGAAAACAAUAUUAAGGAGUUUAAAGCAGAUGAGGAGAUGCCUAAAUAUGGAGCAGGAAGUGAAUUUGGUAGGGACCAAAGGGAAGAAGCAAGAAGAAAGAAAUAUGGAAUAAUUUCAAAGAAAUAUAAUCCAGAUGACCAACCAUGGAUGUUGAAAGUUGGGGGAAAAGGAGGAAAAAAAUUUAAAGGUAUUCGUGAAGGAGGAGUUACUGAAAAUGCAUCAUACUAUGUCUUUACUCAAGCUCCAGAUGGUGCCUUUGAAGCUUUUCCUAUCCAGGAAUGGUACAAUUUUACUCCUAUUCAGCGUUACAAACCUCUGAGUGCAGAAGAGGCUGAGGAAGAGUUUAACAGACGAAACAAAAUCUUAAACUAUUUUAAUCUCAUGAAGAAGCGAAACAAAAAUGAAGAAGAAGAUGACAAAGAAGAAGGGGAAAAGAAAACUCAGACAAAAAAGAAAGGAAAAAAUGACUUUAAAAUUUCUGAUAUGGAUGACUGGGUGAAUGAUUCUGAUGUAGGAUCUGGAGAUGAAGAUGAUGAUGAUGAAGGAAAAGCCAGUGAUAAUGAAAAAUCAAAAACAAAGAACAAAAAAAAGAAAGACCAAAAAAAGAAAAAGAAGAAAGAAGAAGACUCUGAGGAAGAAGCUAAAGAGGAAAGUGAUGAAGGGGAUUUUGAUGAUCGAGAAGUUGAUUACAUUACCAACUCAUCAAGCUCAGAGGCUGAUGUUGAAACGGAUGUAAAAGCCACUCAGGAAUUAAAAGGAGUUGAAGAUGAGGAUGCUCUUCGACAGUUGGAAAUGUCAGACGAUGAAGAGGAAGAAGAAAAAGAAGGAGAGGAAGGAAAAGAAGGAACCCAAGAAGAACAAGCUCCAGAACUAGUUCCUGAGAAUAAGAAAAAAGUAAAAGAGGAAAAAGUUCUGUCUUCUGGAGAAUCAAGCCCUGACUCCUCUGACUCAGAUUUUGAUGAUUCCAAGUUUCACUCAGCAAUGUUUAUGCAGAAGUCCAAACAUAAUGGAUCAGACAGCGCCAGUAGCAGUAGAGCCAAUACCCCAACAUCUGAUACAGUUAAACACUCCUCAAAAUCUGCUCAAAAGAGACGAGCUGGUGACUCAGGGGGUGUAUCAGCUAAAAGACACAAGUUGGAUGGCUCCAGUUCAAGCUCUGAGGGAAUUACUGAAGAUGCAGUGAGAAGAUAUCUAAUGAGAAAGCCAAUGACCACUACAGAACUUCUUCAAAAAUUCAAGAGUAAAAAGACUGGGCUCAGUAGUAAUCAGUUGGUUACAACCAUAGCUCAGAUUCUAAAACGGUUGAAUCCAGAAAAACAGACAAUAAAAGGAAAGCUGUAUUUAUCUAUAAAAUCUUAAAAUUGUGUGCAGUAUUUAAAAGGUAAUUUUUACAUGUCUUAAAAAAUAACAUUUUUUUUGUUUUAUAUGAGAAUCAUGUAAAGUAAUAAAUUACACUGAAUCUUUUAA